AGCUAUAAAUUAACUUCCCCCUUUACCCCAAACUACCAUCUUCUUCAUCAUAAUUUCUGUAAUCACUCGUACAAAUUCAGAAGAUUCCAAUUUCAGAGAAACUGAAGGUUGAUUGAAAAUGUCUGGCCGUGGAAAGGGAGGAAAAGGAUUGGGAAAGGGAGGAGCAAAGCGUCACCGUAAGGUCCUCCGUGAUAACAUUCAGGGAAUCACAAAGCCAGCUAUUAGGCGUUUGGCGCGUAGAGGAGGAGUGAAGCGUAUCAGUGGGUUAAUCUACGAGGAGACUCGUGGGGUUCUUAAGAUCUUUUUGGAGAAUGUAAUUCGUGAUGCUGUUACUUACACUGAACAUGCUAGGAGGAAGACGGUGACUGCUAUGGAUGUUGUCUAUGCACUCAAGAGACAAGGAAGGACUUUGUAUGGUUUUGGGGGUUAAGGGGGAGAUUUGGGUUCUGACUUUUGUUUUGCCUGCAAAAAUCUUGGUGUCAAGAAAGGGAUAUAGGGUUCUGUUUUGCUUUUUGUUUGGGUUGGUGGUUCUAUUCUGGUGUAAUUACUCUAUGGUUCAUGAAGGGGAUAUGAUUAUGUUAAUGUAGUAUUACUAGUUCGUUUUUUGUAAGUUGGAUCUGAAAUUUGCUCUAAUUCAAUGAAAUACUAUUGACAGAUCUAGUUUCA